AAAUUUUCAAAUGAAUGUUUCAAAUGAAUAAAGUUUUACUAUUCAAUAUAUUGCAUCAUUUUGAAAUCAUAUAUAAUAACAACUUUGCUGGCCUUUUGAGGAAAUUAUUUUCCUGUUACGUUUGAGAUGAGUGGAUGAAAUACCUGUGUACAAAAUUGCUAAUUAUUGUCUAGUAUUUAACUUCUUUGACAAUAAUUUUUCAAUAAAUGGUGGAUACUUGCGCUGCCGAUGUGAACAACAAUAGAAGUAUUAUCAAGAUUCAAGAUUAAUGAAGUGCUAUUAUCGUAUACAUGUGUAAAGUUUAGUUGGUGAACUCAGGAGAAAGUUAUUGAGUUCCCGUUACGUUUGCAUUUUAUGGUCUCGUUCUUCCGUUGACUUUGGAAUACAAACUGUUUCGUUGAGUGAGGAUCUAAGGAUGCAUUCUCCAUAAUCGCUUGCUUUUGACGAGUUUUAUUGUUGACGAACUUGUGUGGUGUUGCUGUAUUCAGUUGAAGGACUUUCUCAUUUUGUCAUAUCAUCUAUGGAUGGACUGCUGUAUAUCUUAAUGAUAUGUCUUUUCAUGCUUUUCAUAUGGAUAACAUACAUUAUUUAUAAUGUAAUUUAUUUUCCAAUGAAAGCAUUUUACUUAAUACCAAGGAAAAUUAGAGAUUGGUCUUUGUUAUUAAAGUUUGGUGUCACUAAUCGAUCAAAUACCUUUGUGCAGAUAGACGAUCGUUUCAAUUCUCUAGAUGAAGUUAAAAAGGCGAUGCGUGUGAAUGGUUUGACUAAAUGUCAACUUAUUAUUGGUAUUGAUUUUACAGCAAGCAAUGAAUGGCAGGGACGUAAAACGUUUGGUGGACGAUCUUUACAUCAUAUUACCAUUGAACCGAAAUCCAAAAGGAUUAGUAAAUGGAAUCCUUAUCAAAGGGUGAUCCGAGCCAUAGGUGAUGGAUUACAAGAAUUUGACGAGGAUAAUCUAAUCCCUGCGUUUGGAUUUGGUGACGAACGGAGCAAAGAUCAUGGCGUAUUUCCACUCAUGGAUGAUCCAUUGCCAUGCAAGGGUAUAGAUGAGGUUUUAGAACGUUACACGAGGACUGUGGGCUCAGUAUCUCUCAGUGGUCCAACUAGUUUUGCACCUAUUAUACACAAGGCCAUCGCCAUUGUAGAAAUGACUCAAGAAUAUCAUAUACUGCUUAUAAUUGCCGACGGUAGGGUUGAAAACAUGCAAGAUCUUGAGACAAGAAACGCCAUUGUCGACGCGUCAAAUUUUCCUUUGUCUAUUGUUCUUGUCGGAGUAGGGGACGGACCGUGGGAUAUGAUGCAUGAAUAUGAUGAUAAACUACCGCUGAGACGUUUUGAUAAUUUUCAAUUUGUCGAGUUUGUUGAGAAAAAAGCAUCUCGUUUCUCAAGAGAAUUUGAUGACGAAUUUGCGCUUCGUGCUCUUAUGGAAAUCCCAGAUCAGUACAAAGCAAUACGCUCGCUUGACAUGCUAAAAACUAAUGACAAUUCCAACAUUAAAAUGAAUCACUAUGAAAGUCGGAGAAAAGAUUCUCGGGAAAGUCGCCAUCCUGAAUUGAUUGUGACGCAUAGACGUAGUCAUGAUGGAAUCUUGGAAACUGAUCUUUAAAACGAGAUUAGAUUUCAUUGAAAGAAUAAUUUUGACUGCACUAAUAUUUUUUUUCCACUUUUUUUUGUCCUUUCAUCAGCAAACUGAGAUAAAUUAAUGACCGAAAAAAAUAUUUUAUACGAGUACAGUACUAGAGUUAAGGAAAAUUUAAUUUGUUAAAAUAUUGAUUGUACACAAACACCAAAAAAGUAUGAAAUGAGUAAAUUAACGUUGAACUUUUUGGAAAUGGUAAAAAAGCACAUACUUUUCUUCAUGGAUCCCAAAAUAAUUACAUCGCUAAACCUGUCAACAAAACAGGCAGAAAAGAUGUAAUAAUUUCUUAGAUGGACCCGUCUGUAGAGGUUUAAAAUAUAACCACCAAUUGAAAGUUCUUUAUUGAUCAGUUGAUCAGAUAAUAAAACUGUUCGUAAUUGAA